GACACCACCAGCUACACGCAGCAUCCAUCCCAUCGACAUCGACAUCGCGUCACCUCACCGCACUCGCCGCUCCCUCCGGCGGCCGGCUCGGCUCUCGCCUGGGCCGGACCCCGCUUAGGCCCCCCACGGCUCCGACCCCCAAUCAUCCAUCCCACGCCGCCCACACGCAACGCGACGCCGCCGUUGCCUCUGAACCUGUGAUGCGAUGCGAUGCGAUGCGCCAGUGGCCCAGCUGCAGCACUCAGCAGCAGACCAGCAGUGCAGUAGUGCCGAGAAACAGGUAGCGCGGAAAAGCGCGGGAUUGAAAGGAGAGGAUACACACCCUACGCCUACGCUAAGAAGGGACGGCGCCAACUCGGGGCAGGCAUCUCGCACUUCUCGCCGCUGGACUGGUACUGGUAGUAGUACAAAAGAAAGGCCAGGCAGGCGGCACUUCUUCUUUCUGCCACACAGAUAUAUAGCUCAUAGCUGCAGCGCUCCCUCCCUCGUUUGCUUUGCUUGCCUUCUUCAGCUGGCCUGGCUAGCUAGGCGAGGGCAUUCCUCGCCAGUGUUCUCGUCAAGAGUUCUCCUCGGCUAGCUGGUUUGUCACUGCACCUGGUCAGAGAAGACCAAUUAAGUCCCAUGGAGGACAGCUCCGGAGAGAGGGGUCCUCCUUCCACCCCGCAGCUGCUAAACCUCAUCCGAGACGAGAGAGAAUGGACGGUGACCAGAGAGGUAGUGGAAGACGGAGGAGCGGGGUCGACAUCAGCAACAGCAACGGCCGCAAGCCCAGACCACCCCGAGGAGGACGACUACUCCAAGCUUGAGCUGAGGCUCUGCCUCCCCGGAGCCCAAGACGACGAGAGAACGCCGCCGCCGCCGGGAGAGAAGGGGACCUGCACGGCGCUCUCCCUCGGCUCUGGUUGCUUCCCGUCGCAUCCGAAGCUCGCCGCCAGCGCUGGUGCUAGUGCUACUGCUGCCACCUGGGCAAAGAGAGGGUUCUUGGCAACCGUUGGUGCCAAAGCACAAGGUUAUUGUAGGCAGGAGGAGGACAGCGAAGGGUGUGGGAACGAGCUAACAUUGGGAGGUGAAAACAUGGCAGGUGAGACGAAGAAAGGGUGCUGCUGUCCCCCAUCGUCGUCGCAUGACUCGGAUGCCGGGCCUGCUGUGCACAGAGGUGAUGUUCUUCCGGUGGUUGGUUGGCCUCCGGUACGGUCCUUCAGGAGAAACCUGGCAAAUGCCAGCUCGUCUAAGCAAUCCCUCGAGCAGCAACAACAAAACGAUGAUGAAGCCUCCUGUGACAAGGCGAAGCAGACCUGCAAGAGAAGCCCGCUCAUCAAAAUAAACAUGGACGGCAUCCCCAUUGGGAGGAAAAUAAACCUCUCAGCGUACGACAGCUACCAGAAGCUUUCGUCUGCCGUCCAAGAUUUGUUCUGUGGCUUCCUUGAUGGUACAGGCCGUCGUGAAUAUAGAAGCACCUCACCAUUUUUAUAUGAUCAAAUAUACUUUGUGCCAGCCCAGAAGGAUGAAUCUAGAGGGCGAGGAGCAGAAGAGAAAAUGUUCUCAGGGUUGUUGGAUGGAACUGGUGAGUACACUUUAGUUUGUGAAGACAGUGAAGGAGGCAGGACACUAGUUGGGCACCUACCAUGGAAUGUAUUUGUUUCUACCGCUAAGAGGCUGAGGGUCAUGGAAAGCUCUGAACUUCCUCAUGGACUGGAAGCACGACGCUUAAGUUCGUCGACGGAUGGAAUAGUAUAAUUUUUUAAUGUUGCCGCUCUUGAGUAAUUCAUCAAAUAUUUUAUCAUAUUUGCCAACAUUAAAUGUAAUUUUAACCUUCUCUUGUCGUUUAUUUUGAAACGGCCGUAAGGAGAAACAAACUGGAGAUUUGGCCUGCUUUGGCUAAACCAUCUCAGCAGGGUACACUUCCUUUGAUUCGUCGUCCGAGCUAGUCUGAUCACAUUCUACCACAUGAACAUUGUGACGAACCACUUUAGCAGUAUCUUGCUCCCAAAGCCCUCUGGUGUAACUGAGAUAGCGUGAAAAAUUAAAUGCUUUCUAAUUUUUCUUUUAAAUAGUAACACAUUCCAUUAAAUGCUAAUGCUGCUAGCUGCUAGGUGGAUUUAGAAACAUCGUUCCGCGAUUUGCCCUAGGAGUAGAUUGUUGAUCGAUUGUUGGUGAUUGCAAUUGGUUGUACCCCUAAUAUAUAGGGGUGUCUGGACCUAUUCUUAGACGUCUCCAAAUAGCAACCGUAUGUUUAGAGGGAUAAACUAAUGCGAAAAAGAAUUAGUUGUGCAUGAUUCAAUCUAACCCUAAACCCUGAAACGACCCGGCAUGCCAAUGACACAAAUGGUGCUUAACAUAUGUUAUAUUGACAUAAACCCCUGUUUUGGCUUUCACUUCCUCCGUUCUAAGUUUCCACUCACGUCUCUCUUUUUAACCUGUUAU